UCAGGGAGCGCAUGCGCAGAUCGCCGCGUCCCGCUGAGGCGAUCUGAGCAAUGGCGGCCGCGGGCGGCCCUGAGGCGACGGCGGCCGCGGCCGCGGCUGCGGCGGAGUCUGAGGGGAUGGCGGCCGUUGCCGCUGCCGCCGCCGCCUCCCCCCCGGCUCCGGUGGUGGUGCAGCGAGAGCCGGUGUACAACUGGCAAGCCACGAAGCGGUCGCUGCGGGAGCGCUUCGCCUUCCUCUUCGCCAACGAGCUGCUCAGCGACGUGCGCUUCGUGGUGGGCAAAGGCGGGUCGAGGACCGGCGGAGGAGGCCCCGGGCCCGGCCAGCAGCGCAUCCCCGCCCACCGCUUCGUCCUGGCUGCCGGCAGCGCCGUCUUCGACGCCAUGUUCAACGGCGGCAUGGCCACCACUUCGGCCGAGAUCGAGCUGCCCGACGUGGAGCCCGCCGCCUUCUUGGCCUUGCUCAGGUUUUUGUAUUCAGACGAAGUACAGAUUGGGCCUGAAACCGUUAUGACCACGCUCUACACAGCCAAGAAGUAUGCCGUCCCAGCCCUGGAAGCUCAUUGUGUAGAAUUUCUCACGAAGCAUCUUCGGGCAGAUAAUGCUUUUAUGCUGCUAACUCAGGCUCGCUUAUUCGAUGAGCCACAGCUGGCUAGUCUCUGCCUUGAUACAAUCGACAAAAGUACGACCGAUGCAAUAAGCGCAGAAGGCUUCACAGAUAUUGACAUAGACACUUUAUGCGCAGUGUUGGAAAGAGACACACUCAGCAUUCGAGAGAGUCGACUCUUCGGAGCUGUCGUCCGCUGGGCUGAAGCAGAAUGUCAAAGACAACAGUUACCUGUCACUUCUGCAAAUAAGCAGAAAGUGCUUGGCAAAGCCCUCUCCUUAAUCCGUUUUCCGCUGAUGACUAUUGAAGAGUUUGCAGCAGGUCCUGCUCAAUCUGGAAUUUUGUCAGAUCGGGAAGUAGUAAAUCUCUUUCUGCAUUUUACAGUCAACCCUAAACCUAGAGUUGACUAUAUUGACCGGCCAAGAUGCUGCCUUAGAGGAAAGGAAUGCAGCAUCAAUAGAUUCCAGCAAGUGGAGAGUCGCUGGGGAUACAGCGGGACAAGUGAUCGCAUCAGGUUCACUGUCAACAGAAGAAUUUCCAUAGUGGGAUUUGGAUUAUACGGAUCUAUUCAUGGACCCACAGACUAUCAAGUUAAUAUUCAGAUAAUUGAAUAUGAGAAAAACCAAACACUUGGGCAGAACGACACUGGAUUUAGCUGCGAUGGAACUGCCAGUACCUUCAGAGUCAUGUUCAAAGAACCUAUAGAGAUUCUGCCGACAGUGUGCUACACUGCUUGCGCGACCCUGAAAGGCCCUGAUUCUCACUAUGGCACAAAGGGAUUGAAGAAAGUAAUCCACGAGUCUCCUACUUCAAGCAAGACUUGCUUUUUCUUUUUUAGUUCACCAGGUAAUAACAAUGGUACCUCAAUAGAAGAUGGACAAAUACCAGAAAUCAUUUUUUAUACGUAAUUUUGGAUAACCAAGAUGAAGCAGAGAUCAAAUUAUAAAAGGACAGUUGGAAGAUACUGUGCAGCUGUGUAAAUAAUAUCUCAAAUGUGUACAAAAUUGAAGCAUUGUUUGUGACAAGCACUAAACUAGUAUUUACUACUUCCGGCAGCAGUAUAUGCAGUUGAAUUCUUCUCAAAGUACUCUUACGUGUAUAUAAGUAUUUAACUUAAUCUCUUGAACAUGUUACUACCCAUAACCUGGAAGCUGAAGCAGAGUAUUUGUAAUUUUUUUUCUGUAUUAUACUUGUUGUGACCUCUGUGGAUGGUAUGACUGUAUUUCUGCCCAGUACAACUAACCUGGCAUUCUUUAAGUUUGAGUCAUAAAGGAAAGCAGAAUUAUCACAUA